UAUUAUUAUAAAAAAAAAUCAAUACUCGUACUGCUAUCAAAACAGUUAAGCUUUGAAGUCGGAGGCUAUGAUUCGCUCAAUACCAACCGUCGCUUCUUAUCUCCCUCACCUCCAAAAAGACUACUUCCAAACUUCCGCCACCGCUGCUGUUUCCACUUCCCACACGAUUUCACUCGCUUCUCUUUCUGCCGGCACUGGAGCUGCGGCUACCAGCGGACCAGUGUUCCGCCGGAGUUCCCCGACGGCGGCCUCCAUCACCGUUGAGCUAGAUUCCGCGGCCACCACUGUCAGGAAGUUCUACGACGGAAUCAACCGCCGCGAUUUGGCGUCGAUGGAGGAUCUCAUCGCUCUCAAUUGCGUCUACGAAGAUCUCAUCUUCUCUCACCCUUUUUCCGGCCGUAAGGCAAUCCUUGAUUUCUUCAAGCAGUUUAGUGAUUCUAUCAGUGGGGAUUUACAGUUUGCAAUUGACGAUAUAUCCGAGGAAGACACCUCUGCUGUAGGAGUAACUUGGCAUCUUGAAUGGAAGGGAAAACCUUUUCCCUUUAGCAGAGGAUGCAGCUUCUAUCGAUUGGAUGUGAUUAAUGGGCAGAGACAAAUAGUAUGCAGUAGCUACACUGUUCUAAUAUGUAUGGAGCCGGAAGACUGUAUAAGCUUUGAAUGGCUCUCAUUCAUGCAUAUAUUCGGAAGAGAUGCUGUGGAACCUGCCAUCAAGCCUGGAGAGACUGCCCUGGUUGUGAUCAGAGGAGUUACUUGGCUGCUGCAGAGCUUCCCUUUCUUGGGCGAGCGUUUAUAGUUACAAAUAAACGACAACGGGAAAAACCCAUACAAUGCCAGUUUUUGACAAAACGGAUGUUGUAUGUGUGAUGUCGUAUCUAUUUUUUCUUGUAGUUGCGAGGACUUUUGGCUCGUAAAUAUGUGUAUGAUUACAUGCUAGUAGCUUAUUGUAUUUUAUGGAUGAAAAAUAGAAGUUAUACACACACUGCUUAUGUAAUGUCUAUGUCCUUAUUUGGAACAUAGAAACUUGAAAA